AUGGAAUUCUUUGUAAUUCUUACCCUCCUGUUCUUGGUGAUAGGUGCCUCCUUGUACUUGUUAGUCUGCGUAGAUCCCAACUCCCCAGGAUUGCUGGGGAUGAUGAACAGAUUCGUAUUCAACACCAUCCCAGCGAUAUUCAAGAAAAUAUUGGGAGAACGCAUCUUCAAAGUAUUUUCAAGAGGAAUAGAUUAUUUCUUCUAUUCAAACCAUCCCCUAGUUUAAAUAUUCUAUGUAUUGGUCGCAGUGGGAGGCUAUUUGGUUUAUCUGUACUUUGGAUUUCUUGAAUUAUUCAAUAACAACCCUUUAGUAUCCCACCUCGACACAGCAAUCGGAUCAACAAUGGCACUCUUUUGUUUCUACUCCUUCUUUCAAGCAUGUCGAUACAAACCAGGAAUAAUAAAUAAGGAGAACAACAAAGAGUAUGUCAAUUAAUACAAGGAGUACUAUGACAAUGUGGUGUAUUUGAAAGAGAAUCAUUGCAAAACGUGCAACAUCAUCAAACCAGCAAGAAGCAAACAUUGCCGAGUGUGCAAUGUGUGUGUUAGUCGCUUUGACCAUCACUGUGUAUGGAUCAGAUAAUGUGUUGGGUAAAAGAAUUACAAGUACUUUGUCAAAUUCAUCAUCACCCAUGCCAUCCUCUGUGAUUAUGGAGCUUAUUUGGGUUUCCGUUGCUUAUGGGGAAUCAUCAUAAAAGAGAAACUCCUAGAAGCACAAUUCAGAGAUCCUGUGACAAAGUAGAGAUUGUAAGCCACUUGGGGAAUCAUAGCACAAUAUUUGUUCUACAAAAACACCAUGUACAUUUUCAUUGUCAUUCUGUGUAUCGUAAUGGGCAUUGCAUUGACAUGCUUUGCUCUUUACCAUCUCUAUAUGAUUGGAUAGGAUACCACUACUAAUGAAAGAAUGAAGAGAAGUGAUUUCUUGAAUUUCUUUGAUGAAGAGACUGAACGUUUAGAAAAGCAACUUAAAGAUGCACAAACUCCAGAGGAUAUUAAGUAGGCGACUACUAAAUUGGAAUAAGUCAAACAAUGUCAAUAAAAGAUCAUCACAACCAAAUCUAUAGGAAUUUGGAGGGGAUUGAAAAGUGUGUUUAAUGAACCAGAUGAUUUGGAUUAGAACCCUAAAGUUAAAAAUAAAAAAAGAUGA